ACUACUUUCUCUCAAAAGCUUACAGGUUCGCAUCUUAGACUAAAAUAGGAUACAUUAAUCACCCAUGAAAAAGCAGUUCAGGUUGGGGUGCUGUGGUUCUCAUUACAACAUGUUAUCCAACUCAUCCUCUCUUCAUUCCACUUUUGCGAGCUUUACACUUAAUAUAGAAUUAAAUUAAGCUAAUCUUUAUGGGCGUAGCUUUCACUAGCCAUGAUUACAUCCCCUAAAAGCACCGCAGCCCUUCAGGAUUCCUGCAAAUUUCUCAAAGCAAAAACCAUGUAACAAAAAAGACUACAUCUCACUGCCUUUCACCGAAAAGUGCUGUUGCACACCUCCAAAGCUCUUGACUUUCACCUUGUAAGCACUGAUUAAAGUAUAUAUAUCAUAAGUCUCCUCCCACAAAAAAAAAAAAAAACCCUCACUCUUGACUUUACAUUGAGCCAGCAAGAACUGUUUAUAAGGUUAAUUUUUUAAUUAUAAUGAGUUUUUAUACCAUAUCCAGGUUUUUUUUUGUGUGUGUGUGUGUAUAAAAUGGUUUUGAAUUUUACCCUAACUUCAACCUCAUAAUUCCACCUCUCUUUUUAAAUAGAAAUAAAGAAAGAGAGUUGUCCCUUGAACAACCUGUCAGAAGAAGAAUAAUAACUCCUGUUUUGGUUUGUACUAACAAGAGAUGGGUUGUUAAAAACAGUUAGAUUUUUGAAAGAGAGACACUCACUUGUUAGUUAGUGGGGUUGGUGGUGCAGAACUUUCAGACGGGAAUCUAAGACUGAAUUGCCGGGUUUCUUUUUCUAACAAGGAGAUGGGUGUGGUUACAGUAGGUGAACUGAAGCCAAGUAUAUCAGGGAAGAGAGCAUUUCGUCCAAGCUCAAGUAUAAGGCAUGCUACUGAAUGGUCCAGUAAUUUUAUGAGCUUCAAUAGCUGAUUAUGCUCGGCCAUUAAGAGAAGAAAACAGCAGUUUUGACAGAUCAAACAUAUGACCUUGACUUUCCAUCUGUUCUGCCUGAAUUGAACGACAAAGGCAUGAGGCUGCAGAUACAUUCCCAUCUUGCAUCUUCAAUUUUAUGGAUUGCAAUUAGUUUUUUACCUGUUACCACUCAAUGAUUCGCUCGAUUAUUUUAACUAUGGAUAAGAUCUAAAAAAAAUCCCAUAGGCCGUACAGUGGUUCAAUGAGUAUGACAUAAUUUCUUGAGACAAACACAGCUAUCUCAUAACUCAAAGCGACCCAUAUGCAUCCUGUCAUAUCUAUGUAGGCUGGCAAAAUUUCGAAAUUGUUUCCUUUGCACAAGAACAACCAGUUCUGCACUCUGCAGUUCAGUUUUUUUACAUUUAAAACAAAAAUAGAACCGUACUGCCUGCUGCAAAUCUGCUUGGGCAGUCCCACUCAUCGUUCAAUAAUUGAGCUCUUGGUUUUCCAUCUGGGCCAUCUUUGUCGAUUCAGACAAUGAAGAUGAAUAAUUCAGUCCAGAGAUAUGAGGUUGUUACUUCAUGAUUAAUCUAGUCCAGAAACACUUACAUAUAGAGUCCUUAAGCUAUUUUGUGUAUGGAUAGAAUUUGAGCACUUACUGUCCAGUGCAUCUGUUUGGGAUUUAUGGUUUCAAAAAUGGGAGUUCAGCCCUAUGGUAGAAGCUCUUACAUGGUCUCUAAAUUAUUGGCACCGACGAACGUGCCAAUUUCGGAUGUUUCUAGUGAUCUUACAGUCGAAGUAGGAGCUGCAAACUUUGCACUUCACAAGUUUCCUCUGGUUUCUCGAAGUGGAAGAAUCCGUAAACUGUUGCUAGAAGCGAAAGACUCAAAGAUCUCGCGCAUAAAUAUCCCUGCUGUACCUGGUGGACCAGAGGCCUUCGAGCUUGCUGCAAAGUUCUGCUAUGGAGUAAAUGUUGAGAUUACACAAUCAAAUGUUGCUAUGUUAUGUUGUGCUGCCCAUUUUCUGGAAAUGACAGAAGAUUUCGCAGAGAAGAACUUGGAAGCCCGAGCUGAAGCAUAUCUGAAGGAGAUGGUGCUUCCAAACAUAUCAAGUUCAAUUUCGGUUAUUCACCGUUGUGAAACUCUAUUGCCCAUCUCGGAAGAGAUCAACCUGGUCAGUAGACUUAUCAAUGCAAUUGCAAGCAAUGCAUGCAAAGAGCAGCUGACCUCUGGCUUGUUAAAGCUUGAUCACAACUUCCCUGCAAAAAGUAUGCCACAUAUGGAACCAGAAACACCAUCAGACUGGUGGGGAAAAUCACUAGCAGUGCUGAGUCUUGAUUUCUUCCAAAGAGUAUUAUCCGCAGUAAAAUCAAAGGGUCUAAAACAGGAUAUGAUUAGCAAAAUUUUGAUAAACUACGCCCAUAAUUCUCUUCAAGGCCUUGUUGGCAGGGACCCUCAAUUGGUUAAGGGAAGUCUCUUGGAUUUGGAGUUGCAGAAGAAACAAAGAGUCAUUGUUGAAGCAAUAGUUAGCUUACUACCAACCCAAUCAAGAAAGUGUCCAGUUCCAAUGGCUUUUCUUUCAAGUUUAUUAAAAACUGCUAUAGCGUCAUCAGCAACUACUUCUUGCAGAUCUGAUUUGGAGAGGAGGAUUGGUCUUCAACUAGAUCAGGCAAUUCUUGAGGACAUCCUAAUACCAGCAAAUUCACAUGGAAACAACCACUGCACCAUGUACGAUACUGAUUCGAUCUUGAGGAUCUUCUCUAUCUUUCUAAACUUGGACGAUGAGGAUGAUGAUGAAGACAACAACUUACGGGAUGAAAGUGAGAUGGUUUAUGAUUUUGACAGCCCUGGUUCUCCUAAACAGAGCUCAAUUCUAAAGGUAUCAAAGCUACUGGAUAAUUUUCUCGCAGAAGUUGCUCUAGACUCGAACUUGCUGCCAUCAAAGUUUAUAGCAUUAGCGGAACUACUUCCAGACCAUGCUCGUAUUGUUGGUGAUGGAUUGUACAGAGCUGUGGAUAUCUUCCUCAAGGUUCAUCCAAACAUUAAAGAUUCUGAACGCUACAGACUCUGCAAGACCAUCGAUUGCCAGAAAUUAUCUCAAGAAGCCUGCAGCCAUGCUGCACAAAAUGAGAGGUUACCUGUACAGAUGGCAGUCCAAGUGCUCUACUUUGAACAGAUCAGGCUCCGAAAUGCAAUGAACGGGGGACACAACCAGUUAUUCUUUGGUGCAUUAAAUGGUCAAUUCCCUCAACGUUCAGGCAGUGGUGCAGGAAGUGGAGCCAUCUCUCCAAGAGAUAAUUAUGCAUCGGUUAGAAGAGAGAACCGAGAGCUGAAGCUUGAAGUAGCAAGAAUGAGAAUGAGGCUGACUGAUCUCGAGAAGGACCAUGUGUCCAUGAAACAGGAGCUGGUAAGGACUCACCCUGCAAACAAGUUGUUCAAAUCAUUCACCAAAAAAUUAAGCAAGCUUAACACCCUAUUUCGAAUCAAUGGUCUUAAGCCCCUAGGGGGCAAGGCUAAUUCAGAAACAAGGUUCUUAUUCCAGAAGAGAAGGCGUCACUCGGUUUCAUGACUGUAAAUGUGUGGGAACAAUUUAAAGUUCAAAAAAAGUGUAUAGUAAAUAAUAUAUUGUGAUUUUGGAGUGUUGAUACUGAGUUGCCAAGUUUGUUCGAGAAUAUUGCUGCCUUAAGUUUUUGUUUGAUGGGCCGUUGAAGGCAGCAUGAGCUCAAUCAAACUUGUUCUGUAAAAGGCCAUGAUGUCUGGAAAAUAUGUAAUGCAUGGGGUUUUUAGGGCACGCA